AUGUUCGGCAAAGCAGCACUUAUUGUAGCAAUUGCAGGCGUGCUCACGCUGACAGCAGCUCUUGAGCCGCAACAACCACUGAAUGCCGUAGACCACGAGGAAAAUGCAGUCCAUGGGAACAGCGACGCUGCGGAUGACUCGCCAGCACCAGCACUCGAAGCUGAGAGGGUCGAGUUCCUCGGGUACGUCAACGCCAGCCAAGUCUCGGUCGCGGACUGCCCCCAAUGGCCGACGCAUAACCAAGCCGUCAAGGUGGGCGAGAUCUGGUGGCAAGACAAUGGAUGGUACGCGCAACCGUUGAAGAUGUGGAAUCACAGGCAUGCCAUCGAAUGGGGGUAUUGCAUCGAAACCCGGUUCGGCUGGGACUCGGACUCGGGACAGAUCUUUUACGCGCAAAAGGUCAGCGAGUCCGAGCAAUUCUCGGAGUGGGCUCUCAAAGCGUACAAGAUCUGGAGCGCCGCCUUAACCGAAGGCGUCGUCGGUUGGAAUGCCGACAAGGCGAGGUGGUUGCCCUGCACAAACGUACCGGGCUGCGGCGGCGGCGCCCGGUUCGCAAUGGACAAGAACCUGUGCUUCCGGGCGAGGCUCAAGUCCGGGCGUGUCAUCACGGCGUGCGAGACGUUCACCAACCAGGGGUACAGGAUUUGCGGCGAGUACAGCAGGAAGCACCAUGGGCGUAACAGGUGUGGUACGGGGCGGAAUUCGCACUAUUGGUUUGGCACGGAAACGGGAUGUUGGGAGAACUAG